CAGCUCCGAGGCACUCUGCGCGCUCCGCCCGAUCAAUAAAGACAUGGCAGAGAAAGUGGGGAUUGUGGUGCAGCAGGACAAGACAGCAAAAGGCAAGCAGGCUGAGAACAAAGACCACUGUGUGACGUGUCACCACAACGCACCCAAGGGACAUGGCACAAUGGCCGUCCCUCCUGCGUACUCAGACCUGGGAAAGUCUGCCAAAGACAUCUUCAACAAGGGCUAUGGAUAUGGAGUGCUGAAGCUGGACGUGAAGACCAAGUCCCAGAGCGGUGUUAUGGAGUUCGCCACCUCUGGCUCCAACAACACGGACACCGGGAAGUCGGGAGGCCAUCUGGAGACCAAGUACAAAGUGAAAGAGCUGGGCCUCAGCUUCAACCAGAAAUGGAACACAGACAACACGCUCACCACAGAGAUCACCAUGGAGGACCAGCUGGCUCAGGGCCUGAAGCUCGGUCUGGACACGUCGUUCGUGCCCAACACUGGCAAGAAGAGUGCCAAACUGAAGACCGGCUACAAGCGGGAUUUCGUGAACGUGGGCUGUGACCUGGACUUCGACAUGGCCGGCCCCACCGUCCACGCAGCUGCUGUGCUGGGCUACGAAGGCUGGCUGGCCGGCUACCAGCUGGCCUUCGACACCGCCAAAUCCAAGCUGACCCAGAACAACUUCGCCCUUGGAUACAAGACCGGCGACUUCCAGCUCCACACCAACGUUAACGAUGGCAUCGAGUUCGGCGGCUCCAUUUACCAAAAGGUGAACAGUAACAUGGAGACAGCCGUCCACCUGGCCUGGACCGCAGGCAGCAACAACACGCGCUUUGGAAUCGGAGCUAAAUACCAGCUGGAUAAGGACGCCUCCCUGUCUACCAAGGUCAACAAUGCCUGCCUCGUUGGAGUUGGAUACACACAAACUCUCAGGCCAGGAGUGAAGCUCACUCUGUCAGCUCUGAUCGACGGGAAGAACGUGAACGGCGGCGGACACAAAGUGGGCAUGGGCUUCGAGCUGGAGGCGUAACGACUCAACGGGACGGACGGGCAGAGAGGGAAGGACAGAGCCCAAAAGUGACGACGCCACGGCCUGCUCAGCGAACACAAACACAUCGUCCCUCUGAAUCCUGACACACACAAACGCGCAGACACACACGUUCUUUGGCCUUAACCCUGAAACCCUGAGCAGCCUCCAGGACCUCCAGCAGUACUGUAAUGUUAUCAAGAUCAAGCAGAACAUUUACAGAAUUAUACAUUACAACAAGUGAACAUACAGCUGGAUAUUUAUGCAAAAUCACCAUUCUCCAAAACGUGAUACUUAAAACAGGUUUGACUAAACAAAGCAGACUUUGAUUGGACUAUUUGUCUCAGACGUAUCCGUAUUAUCUCUGAAAUAAGAUUGGAAGCACCUUUUUACUCCGAAUGUGUGACCAGCUGAAUUUUUAUUCUAAUUUACUCUGGGUUUUACAUGUUAGUGCGAUCACAUAGGAGAAUGCUUGCGUCGACUUAUCGGGGGUUUGUUGCAUGCUUUUGAUGCUUGAGGGAAGUUGUGAGACUUUUCAUUGUACUUUUCAUAUUGACAAGUACAGCCGCGACCAUCAAAUGCAAUACCAGCCGGACGGAAUUAAGCAGAAAGCGGCGAGACACACUGCUCAGACUGACUUUGGGCUUCACCGUUUGACCUCAGUAACACAACAAGAAACUGUGAACCCUCAGUUGCCUAAAUGUCUAUUUUUCAGGUCCUGUUUGUUUAAAAAGGGGCCGAUGGCAGUUUGGAUCUCUACGUCACCUCUUUGUCUUGUCGUUCGUCGUGUCCUUUAACUGUUCAACCUUUACCACUACAUUUCACUUUAUCUGUGCUGUGCUUUGUAUAGGAAAAGUUAGGACCUCAAAUUGAUUUUACUGAAUAAGUGGAAUAAAGAAUUACAAACCCUA